AUGCGACCUCCUAAUGAAGAAUACAAAGAAGAUCUUUCAUCCGGAAUUUUAGCGCUCUCUAAAUAUGCGACAAAACUUUAUCGCUUCGAAAGAGACAUUCUUCCACAGGAAUUGGAUGCUAUGUGCAAUCUCGUGAGCUCUAUUGGGUGUUCCUUAGAAAAGUUAGAGAUUGAUUCUCUUGACAUGAUAGGAAUCGAUUCAUCAAAUCUUCUUAUUUGCAUUGGUCGAUGUUGCCCAAAUUUAACCUUAUUAAAUAUAAAUAAUUAUGAAUUCACGGCCGACGCCUUCAAAGUGCUACUGCAAGGCUGUAAAUCAUUACAGACCUUGAUGAUAUCUGAUUCAGAUUCUGUUGAUAUCUUAGCGUUGAUCAAAGAGAACUGUGUUG